AGAGAGAGAGAAAGAAAGAGGGAAAAAAGAUCGGGUUGCUGGUCGAACGCGAAGGAUGAGAUCGCUUGGAAACGAGCGAUGAUCAGUCGUUGAUCGAUCGAUCGUCAGUCGCGUCGUGAUGGAGGUCCAGCCGAUCGUGCGACCUUCUUUCACUAGAGUCGCUGGAGGGUGCGGAUUCGGAGGGUGUUUAUUCAGCCGGAAGUGGUCGUCGGUGGUUCGAGACGCGGCGCGACAGCUUGCCAACUAAAAUGCGAGAGCUGAACGCGACCGCAUGUGCUGCCCUGUACGAGCGCGUCGAGUGGUCCGGCCCGUGGAUCCUGGUUACCCUGAUCGUGCUCGCGAUCGUCAACGUGAUGGUGGUCCUGGGCAACGUGCUGGUGAUACUGGCUGUCUAUCACACCAGCAAACUGCGAAACGUCACGAAUAUGUUCAUCGUUAGCCUCGCGGUGGCGGAUCUCAUGGUCGGCCUGGCUGUGCUUCCGUUCAGCGCUACGUGGGAAGUUUUCAAGGUCUGGAUAUUCGGUGACCUAUGGUGCUCCAUCUGGCUGGCGGUGGACGUAUGGAUGUGCACGGCGUCGAUAUUGAAUUUGUGUGCCAUCAGCCUGGAUAGAUACUUAGCGGUGACUAGGCCAAUCAUGUCACCGAGGAGAGCAAGGCUGUUGGUGGCAACCGUGUGGAUCUUGAGCUUCGUCAUCUGUUUCCCACCCCUGGUCGGCUGGAAAGACAAACGGUCCCAUCCUACGUACAACAUGACAUCCGCUCAGAACGGACCGUUCAACACUACCACCAUACUUAUCCCGGUGAAACCGUGUCCCUGGAUCUGCGAGCUGACCAACGACGCUGGCUACGUCGUCUACAGCGCGCUCGGUUCUUUCUAUAUACCGAUGCUGGUCAUGCUGUUUUUCUACUGGAGGAUCUACAAUGCAGCCGUCUCCACCACGAAAGCUAUUAAUCAAGGCUUCCGUACGACAAAGAGCUCGAAAAUGUUUGGAUCCAGAUUUGACGAACAAAGGUUGACCUUGAGGAUUCACCGUGGUCGAGGCAGCGUGCAUAACGGGAGCAACAACGGGAGCCCGAGAAGUCCCGAGUCGAAUAGCCGGUGCUCAGUGAAAAGGGACAAGAUAAAAAUCUCGGUGUCGUAUCCGAGCACGGAGACAUUGAAUACAAAGUGUAACACCCUCGAGAGGACACCCUCGAGGUGUUCUCAGACCUCUGUGCACUAUAGCAACGGACAGACGCACAGUCAACUGUGUCCCACCCCGAGGAGUACGCAUCUCAAGGUGAGCGGUAUCAACAGGGUUGGCAGCACCAGGAGACCCAGCAGACGAAACAGCUGCGAGAGUCAAAUGAUGGGUGAUGAGAUGUCGUUGCGAGAGCUCACCCAAGGUGCUGAAGAAAAGCCCAGGGUGAUGAAGAUGGGGAAGAGGAACAUUAAAGCUCAGGUGAAAAAAUUUCGAAUGGAGACGAAGGCAGCGAAAACACUGGGCAUCAUCGUUGGCGGAUUCAUCCUCUGCUGGUUUCCAUUCUUCACCAUGUAUCUGGUGCGCGCCUUCUGCCCCAAUUGCAUACAUCCCACGGUGUUUAGCGUGCUAUUUUGGCUAGGCUACUGCAACUCCGCAAUAAAUCCGUGCAUCUACGCGCUUUUUAGCAAAGAUUUCCGGUUCGCGUUCAAGAGCAUCAUCUGCAAAUGCUUUUGCAAACGGCGAGCGAAUACCUUGAGACGCGGCAGCGAUGGCAGCCAACUAGCCAUGAGGAACGACCGGAGCCCCAGUUACUCGAUGCAGGCGCCCCAGCAGGGUGUGUCGAUCGACGACUCGGACGCGGAUCCCAGCUCGGAGCCGACGGUUCACUCGCAAAGCGAAUCGAGAUGACUGUAGCGUGCCAGGUGUGGCGCUCAACGCGUCACCUUCGACCCGAGGACCUCGAAAGUAAGGAUUCAGUCCUUCUAGAGAAUCAGAACUUCAUUCUCGUUCUCGAGAGAUCAUCGAGAUCGUCCCCCGCGACGACCCGUGCCGCGGAAUUCAUAGGUUGGAUUCGCGACAAACAGUCGAGCUUCUUCGAGUGUCUUAC